AUGGGACACAAAGGAUUAUCGGGUUCCGUAUGGAUCUGUGUUUCUGUCGUUGCAUUGACGCCACAUAUCAUACUCGGAGAUGUGAGCUAUUCUGUUCUGGAGGAAAUGAAACACGGUUCUGUACUUGGAAAUAUAGCCAAAGAUCUCGGACUUGACACCGGUACCCUUUCUGCUCGCAAGGCUCGAAUCGAUGCUGCUGCAGGUAGCACCAGACAUUAUUAUGACAUAAAUCUGAAAACUGGGGAGUUGACAGUGGACGAACCAAUAGAUAGGGAGGAACUGUGUUCGGAAAAGACAUCGUGCACUGUUAAAUUUGACAUGGUGUUAGAGCGUCCUUUAGAGUCGCAUCGUUUUACGCUUCAGAUUCAAGAUAUUAACGACAAUUCGCCCAGUUUCCCAAAGGAUGUUGUGAGACUAGAAAUACGUGAGUCAGCACACAAAGGAGCUCGCUAUCGUGUCAAUGAAGCGCGCGACACAGACAUAGGACAGAAUGCAGUGCAAAGAUAUUCAUUGCAGAGGAACGAUCAUUUCAUUGUCUCUGUAAACUCACACGCAAGUGGAAGAAAAAUUGUGGAACUGGUGCUAGAUAAGGAACUAGAUCGUGAACAGCAGGAUGAAGUAAUAUUAAUUCUUACUGCUUUGGAUGGCGGGUCUCCGCCGAGAUCAGGCACCGUAGCCAUACACGUCACUGUGCUGGAUGCCAAUGACAAUGCCCCGGUUUUCAGUCAGGAAAUGUACGAAGCUACUCUGCCCGAGAAUGCGCCCACGGGCACAAUAAUACUCGCUGUUUUGGCAACUGACGCAGACGAUGGCCCUAAUGGAGAGGUUACAUACGAAUUUAGUCAUUUGUCAAAUAAAGCCAGAAGUGCAUUUUCUUUAGACUCUGUAACUGGAGAGAUAAAGGUUAUCGGACCUAUUGACUUUGAGGAAGAUUCUAAAUUUGAAAUCCUUGUGGAAGGUAAAGACGGUUUUGGCUUGUCCUCGGAUACCAAAGUCGUUAUAAAUAUAGCAGACGUGAAUGACAACACUCCCGUAAUAUAUCUGAAAUCUCUUAAUAGCCCCAUCCCCGAAAACGCUGCACCUGGUACGGAGGUGGGCAUAAUCAAUGCGCAAGACGCAGACUCUGACAAGAACGGACAAAUUCUGUACCCUACUCCAGGCGGCAAUACGUUUAUGACUGAAAUGGUGCCGAAAGCAAUACAAGCCAACUCUUUAGUGUCUAAGGUCAUAGCUGUGGACGCCGACUCGGGCCAAAACGCAUGGCUAUCAUACCACAUUGUGAAAUCGACUGAUGCUGGACUUUUCACAAUUGGCGUCCACAACGGAGAGAUCAGGACGCAGAGAGACGUCUCCGAAUCUGACGUCAUGAAACAGACUCUUGUUGUGUCCGUGAAGGACAACGGACAGCCGCCUCUGUCUGCCACCUGUACUGUUAACUUGCUGAUAUCUGACAACUUGGCUGAGGUGCCCGAACUGAAAGACGUGGCCUCCGGUGAUAGCAGCUCUAAACUCACCGCGUAUUUGAUCAUUGCGCUCGUUUCGGUGUCCACGUUUUUCCUCAUGUUCGUCAUCAUCGCCAUAGCAGUAAAAGUUUGCCAGAGGAAAAAGCCUACCAUGCUUUUUGACGGCGCCCUGGCCAUCCCCAGCGCCUAUUUGCCUCCAAAUUACGCAGACGUGGAUGGCACGGGAACAUUACGCAGCGCCUACCACUAUGAUGGGUACAUGACGACGGGAUCUCGCACUAGCGACUUUAAGUUUGCAACGUCUUAUAAUGAGGAAACACUGCCCGCAGACAUGACUUUGAAAAAGUCUCUAUCCAUUGACCACGAUAGCCUGAUUGAUUCCAUCGAUUUGGCACAGACACAGAGCGCACAUCACAGUGGCUGA